UUUCACGCGGGGUUUGACAUAUUCGUGCUGUUAUCAGAUUGAUGGGCCAGUUUGAUUGAAGUGCCUUUGUCAUGCAAAUGUCAAGCGCGUGAUGGAUGGUCGCCGUGCGCUGACAAACUUCUGGAGGUCCCCUCACCAUUGGCGCCGUGACGGCUCACGUGACCAGCAGCUGAGGUAAAGAUGUGUUAUAGGGAAGCACGGGCAAAUACACUGGAGGUAAGCGUUCCCCCUUUCCCCUCAUGAAACACUGCUGCGAGGUCGCAGGAUAGGCAAUCCCAAACUCCCAGGUUCCCCCUUCGCCAUCAGCUGCGCAUGGACAAUUCCAGAAUGAACUCUUUUUUGGAGUACACGAUUUGUAACCGGGGGACCAACAGCUACUCGUCCAAGUCAGGAUACCAUCACUUGGAUCAGGCUUUCUCGGGCCCCUACCAGUCCGCUCAAGCAAGUGACAGCUAUAACACUGAUGGACGACUUUACGUAGGGGGAAGUGCGUCGCCGGCCAUGGCACAACAUCAGCACCAUGGCGGAGGCUACGCGCAUCACCAGCACCAAACUCCACACAACGGCAUGGGCCUGUCUUAUGGUGGCACAGGAACCACAGGCUAUGGAGCGCAGGCCUCUGCCAACCAGGACUAUAGUCAUCACCAGUACGUCAUGAACCAUGACCAGGAUGGGAUGUAUUAUCAGUCUACAGGCUUUAUUGCUCCAAACGUGGGGCCUAAUUAUGGGUCCCUGGCUGGUGCGUACUGCGGGACGCAGGGUGCAGUUCCAGCGGCGCCAUAUCAAUAUCACGGCCUCGAGGGCCAAGACCACCAACGACUCUAUAACCAGGGCACAUACGCCGACCUAUCAUCCUGCCAAGAAAAAGAGAGAGACUCGGAUCAAAUACCAGGGAAGACCUUCGACUGGAUGAAAGUCAAAAGGAACCCUCCUAAAACUGCAAAAGUGGCCGAGUUUGGACUGGGCCCCCAAAACACAAUCCGGACGAACUUCACCACGAAGCAGCUCACCGAGCUCGAGAAGGAAUUCCACUUCAGCAAAUAUCUCACGCGUGCGCGGCGCGUUGAAAUCGCCGCCACGCUCGAGCUGAACGAGACCCAAGUGAAGAUUUGGUUCCAGAACCGGCGAAUGAAGCAGAAGAAGCGCGAAAAGGAGGGCCUCGCCCCAGCCUCGUCCACCGCGUCUAAAGACUUCGAAGAGAACUCGGACCAUUCCACAUCCACAUCUCCAGGCGCGUCCCCAAGUCCUGAGGCUUAACGCAUGAAAAAGGCAGAACUUAAUGCACUAAAUCAACUGACGAGCUAUAAAUUACAAAAUCAUGUCUUCUAAACAUUCCAAACUGUGCCCAGAACUUCGU